AUGGCUGAAAUUCAAGACUUCAAUAAGUGUGUCCAGGACUUGGGCCUUAGUGAAUUGGCAUGGGAGGGAGAAUACUAUAUGUGGUCUAAUAAGCAAGCUGGGAGUGACAGAAUAUGGAGCAGAAUUGAUAGACUAUUUGGCAAUUAUGAGUGGAUGAUGCAAUGGGGACAUGUAGCUACCAUUUAUGAUGUUCCUUUCAUCUCUGACCAUGCUCCUAUGAGCCUAAGUUUAACUAGAUUACAUAGCAAGAGUAUGCAGAAUAUCUGGAUGAAACUGAAAACACUUAGGUCAGUGCUUAGGAAACUAAAUGUUGAAGAGUUCAAAUUCAUAAGAAAGAAAAUUGAGAAAGCCAGAAUUGAUCUUGCUAGGGUCCAACGAAGCAUAACUACUAAUUGCUCUGAUAAACUACUGUUAGAAGAGAAGGGGUUGAUACAAAAUCUGGAGAAGUGGGACUUGUUAGAAGAAGGAGCCUUGAAACAAAAAGCUAGAGCAAGAUGGAUAAAACUAGGAGAUUCUAAUACAAAGUACUUUACAACUGUUAUGAAAGAAAGGAACAAGAGAAAGCAAAUUUUGGAACUUACUUCUAUUGCUCGAAACAGGCUAAAUGAUUCUGAAGCCAUCAAAGAGGAGAUUCUGG